ACAUACAACACAUUCGUUAAAUUUGUCAUUCGUCUGACAAUUUUCAAACGUUCAAUAGAAAACGGUCAGAAACGCUUUAGUUCAGUCGUGAUUUUUCUAAACACUGGCCAACAACAAGAUUUGUUCUUAAUCUAGUUCUUUUUUUUGUUUCUAAAUAAUUUUAAAAUUAAUUAAACGUUUGAAUUUUAAAAGUGUUACAGUUUUUUUUUAAUUUAAUUUAAUUUGUUAACAAAAAAUAAAUAAAUUUGCCACAAAAUGCCUUUUGCCCGGGAACAACUUGAGUCGGUCAUAAAUGAAAAAUUAUGCAAAACCGAAACAAUUAAAUUGAGAAAUAAACAUAUUGGACAAGCUUGUCAGUUGUUUUAUCGCUCGGAUCCCUUAAAAAUUGUACGAGGUCAGGGCCAAUACAUGUAUGAUGAACAAGGCACACGCUAUUUGGAUUGCAUUAACAAUGUUGCUCAUGUUGGCCAUUGUCAUCCCAAAGUUGUGAGUGCUGGUUGCCUACAAAUGGCUACAAUUUCCACCAACAAUCGUUUUUUGCACGAUGAAUUGGUUCAGUGUGCCAAGACAUUGACCAGCAAGAUGCCGUCACCCUUGUCGGUAUGCUUUUUCGUGAAUUCGGGUUCGGAGGCCAACGAUUUGGCAUUGAGAUUGGUGCGCAACUAUACCAAACGUCAGGAUAUUAUAACUUUGGACCAUGCCUACCACGGACAUUUAACCUCGGUCAUGGAAAUAUCUCCCUACAAAUUUAAUCAACCUGGCGGUGAUCCUAAACCUGAUUAUAUUCAUGUUGCUCCUUGUCCUGACAUCUAUGGUGGCCCCUACAAGGACAAAGAAUAUCCCAACCACGAUAUGACCGAAAUCUAUACUAAAUCCAUUAAGGACAUCUGUGAGAACUUGAAAGCUCAAGGUAAAGGUGUGGCCGCUUUCAUAGCUGAGUCCCUGCAAAGUUGUGGUGGUCAGAUUAUUCCUCCAGAGGGUUAUUUUAAGGCCGCCUACAAAGCUGUGCGUGAUGCUGGUGGUCUUUGCAUUGCCGAUGAAGUACAAGUUGGUUUUGGGCGAGUCGGCACUCAUUAUUGGGCCUUUGAGACUCAAGGUGUAGUGCCUGAUAUUGUUACAGUGGCCAAGCCCAUGGGUAAUGGCCAUCCAGUGGGUGCUGUGGUAACAACUCCAGAAAUUGCUGAAGCCUUCUAUAAUACGGGAGUGGCAUAUUUCAACACUUAUGGUGGCAAUCCGGUAUCCUGUGCUAUUGCCAAUGCUGUUAUGCGUGUCAUUGAAGAGGAGGGUUUGCAGGAGAAUGCCCGCAAAACUGGAGACUAUUUGCUGAAACAAUGCAACGAAUUUAAAUAUGAUUUCGAUAUUGUGGGAGAUGUACGUGGUAUUGGCUUGUUCGUUGGUGUUGAGUUGGUUAAAAAUCGCGAUACCCGUGAACCCGAUACCAAGGCAGCCCACUGGGUUGUGAAUCGCAUGAAGCAAGUGCACAAGAUUUUGGUGUCUUCCGAUGGACCCAAUGACAAUGUCAUUAAACUAAAGCCACCCAUGGUGUUCAAUGAAGAAAAUGCCGAUGAAUUUUUGCUGGCAUUCCGUGAGUGCACGUGCUUGACUUUGUUGACGAAAGAGAGAAAUGGUGAUGAUUUGCCUGCCGUCAAUACUGCCUCAACUAUGGUUAGUAACAAUAGUAAUGGAGCUACUGUUGACUCCAUGACGAGUAAAACUCAAAUGUUUGAACGUCAUGAGCGUUUAAUUAAAUCAGUUUAAGUUUCUUUUUUUUUUUAAUCCAUUGUACAUUUUAAGUUUUUUUUCUUUUUCUUAUUCAUAUCCAAAGUUUAGUUUUUAAGUACAAACAAAAAAAAAAAACUGAAAAUUAUUUAGAAUUUGUAGAGAUUUUAUCAUAUUAAAUUUAGUUCUAGCAUCUAGAAUUAUGUUGUAAAAAGCAAUAUAUUUUAAUUUUUGUUUUUUUAUUUAAUUUUUUAGUUUAUUUGUAAUAUAAAUACAUUUUAUUGAAAAUAAAUACAAUAUGUAAUAAUCAAUUUAACUUUAUAUGCAUUUAGUUUUAAGUUGUUAUAUUGUUAUAAAAUAAAUGAUAAGCAAAUAUGUAUACAUAAGUAUGUACAUAUAAUA